AUGAAUUCGAACCAUCAGUGUGACCGCUCCAUCAGGUUUAUUGUAACGGCCGACUUUUUCGAUAAUGGUGGCCAGGCAGUUUGCAUCGGUCUGUGGCGCGGCCGCUCUGCCUCUAACUCGAAUGAGACACUGACUAUCGUGGCAGGCGUGAUGGUCGUCGUGAUCGGAGUGACCUGGCUUCUGUUACGUAACCUGAGAUGGCCCCGUGACAGGUCAAAUAUGGAGUCUGACCCUUGUCCAGAUUCCCCCUUCCAGAUCAACUUCAUUGGGGAGUAUAACAGAAGUAGUGGGUGCCUGUGCAGGGACGAGGAGUGCCAGAAGAAGCACGAGGGCCUGCAUACCCAAGAGCUCAUGCCCAUCAGCGCUGAGAGACUCGUCGACAACCCAGAGUAUAUUGGAAAUGGCAUCGUCAAAGUCAUUCCCCGCGACAAGGUCAAAUUUGUGUCAGAGCUCGGUGAGGGCGCUUUCGGCCGCGUCUACCUCGGGGUCAUGGAAGAAGGUCGAGGGAAGGCUACUCAGGUCGCGGCCCCCUACGAUAUUAACCUCACCCACGCUAACAUCGUGAGCUUCUACGGCGUCUGUUACAGCGCGGAUUCCAUGUUGAUGGUUUUCGAGUAUAUGGAACACGGUGACCUAAACAACUACCUCAGGAGUCACAACGAGGACGUGGCUCUCCAGGCGGGCGAGGAAGCUUCAACGGAUCCGAUCUCCGUUAUGGAUUGCCUCCAGAUUGCCCUGCAGGUGGCUGCCGGCAUGAAGUAUCUCGCGUCGCAGCACUACGUCCAUCGUGACCUGGCCACAAGGAACUGCCUGGUGGGGGCCAACCUGGUGGUCAAGAUCGGUGACUUCGGGAUGUCCAGAGAUGUCUACACUACAGAUUAUUACCAGUUCGGUGGCAGGACGCUCCUCCCGGUGCGGUGGAUGCCUCCCGAGAGCAUCCUUUACAGGAGGUUCACCAUAGAAUCUGACAUCUGGAGUUUCGGUGUUGUUUUGUGGGAAAUUUUCACGGGAGGAAAGCAACCUUGGUACGGCUACAAUAACCAGGAGGUGAUAACUCAGAUCACCGGGUGCAAGGUGCUGAGCUGCCCCGACCGCUGCCCGCCCGACAUGUACCGAAUCAUGGUAUCGUGCUGGAGGCAGAAUCCGCAAGAGCGGCCGUCCAUGGCUACCCUUUACGCUCAGAUCUGCAGUCUUAUUACUGUGGAACCGCAUGUGCUCGACUAUGAUUAG